AAAGUUCAAUGGCCAAUCAAGAAAGUCGAAACUCUGAUUAUUUCGUUUGUCAUGGUUAAGUUCUUAGGUUAUAUCGAACAGCACAUUAUUUUUAAGUUUAUAUUAUUUAAGGCUGUAUAUUUCGGCCGUUUUAAUAACUAAUGUGUCCAUAAUUGACCAGUAAACGUAAUUAGUGUGUAAUUAAUCUAUAAAUCGGUGCUCUAAUUGAAAUAAGUCGUUUUUGUAAACGUGUGACUUGAAGAUUUUUUUUUUCGUGCGUACGCCGAGACCAUUUUCGUCAUCCAAUAAAGAGUCAUAAGAAAGUAAAAAACUAAGAUGGAGGAAGAUGAGCGAGGCAAAUUAUUUGUUGGAGGACUAUCGUGGGAAACCACGCAAGAGAACUUACAACGUUUUUUCAGUCGAUACGGUGAAAUUGUCGAUUGUGUGGUGAUGAAAAAUAACGAAACUGGCCGGAGCAGAGGUUUCGGUUUCGUUACAUUUGCUGAUCCAUCCAAUUUGAACAUCGUAUUGCAGAAUGGACCGCAUUGUUUGGAUGGCCGAACGAUAGACCCGAAGCCGUGCAAUCCACGUACGCUUCAAAAACCACGCAAAGGUGGUGGCUUCAAGAUUUUCCUUGGCGGUCUACCAUCGAAUAUUACCGAAACGGAUUUGCGACAUUUCUUUAAUCGGUAUGGCAAAGUGACCGAGGUCGUCAUCAUGUACGAUCAGGAGAAGAAAAAAUCCCGCGGCUUUGGAUUUCUUUCGUUUGAAGACGAAGGAUCAGUAGACUCCGUCACCCACGAGCGCUACAUCAAUCUGAAUGGAAAGCAAGUCGAAAUCAAGAAAGCUGAACCCAGAGACGGUGGCGGCGGAUACAACAAAAUGGGCGACUCGAGUCAAUGGGGCCAUCAUCAAGGACAACCAAUGGGCAUGGUACAAGGACCGAAUGGACAAAUGGGCGGCCCACCGAUGAAUAUGCAUGCACCGAACAUGAUGACUGGCUAUCAAAAUUGGGGAACGUCACCACAACAACAAAGCUACGGUUACGGCGGUAACAGUGCUCCGAAUUCGUAUCAAGGCUGGGGUGGACCACCACCACAAGGCGUCCCACAAUGGAAUAACUACGGCAAUCCGCCACCAACGCAAGGUUACGGCGGCUACGACAUGUACAAUUCCUCAUCAGCACCGAACGCAUCGUCCGGCGCCAAUUGGAGUUCAUGGAACAUACCGUCGAACAAUGGCGGCAGUGCAGCCGCAUCUGGUCCCGAUAUGUACAAUCGUUCGCAAACGUGGACCGGCAAUCAAUCGGCCGGUGCGCCAGGAAUGCCACGCGGUGGACCAGGAAACAGUGCCUCAAAAUCGGGUUCCGAGUACGAGUACAGUGGGUACGGAUCGGGAUACGAUUAUGACUACACAAAUUAUGGUAAGGAUCAAGGUAGUGCAACGUCGUUCGUGCCGCGAUCGUACGGUGAAACGUCAGCACCGGCACAGUAUCCGCCGUCCCAAGCAGUUUAGUGAAAUAUUUUUUAGACAAAUUUCAAGAAAAGAAAAAUUACAAAAAAA